AUGUCUGCCCCCUCAUACAUGGCAGACCCUCUUACAGUUUUACCACCCGAGAUCGUCUUGCGCGUCGUGGAAUUCCUCCCGGUCUCCGCCGUGGCGUCGCUGACCGCCGUCUCCAAGCCCUGGCACCAAUUUAUCGACAUCACCCAUCGAGAAGCCAUCUACAGUUCCGAAUCGAAAACCGCCCAACCUCCGGGUGGCGCCCGCGACUUUUCAUUUUUGUCGAACAGCACCACCUCAUUUACCAAAUUAUUCGAGAACACUACAUCAUGGAAAGAUCUAUGCAAGCGCCAGAAGCUGCUCGCCCGCAAUUGGGCCAACGAGCGCCCCGUGACCCGCGAGUCGGUGCUUCAAGUCGGCAACAAUCCUGUCUGGCGAUUCCGGGCAGACUUUAAGCGCCGGUUCUUCAUUUCAACAUCACACGCGGGUGGUCUGAAUGUUACGGAUAUGGAUACGGGCAGGAUCCUAUGGCGGCUACCCUCCACGCUGGAACGUGAUGAGGGUUCCGUUCGCCCGUAUGCCCAUCUGGAGUAUCAGGACGGAAUGGCGGUCUUUGACCGUGAGGGAGAUGCGCUUGAGGUCUGGCAGGCUGAUCAAGAAGGUGCCAAACGUGGAGAGUUCCGGCGCAUUGCGAUCUUAGACCACAAUUGUCAGACCAGAGGCUUCCAGUUGUCGUAUUGGACGCUGUGUGUGGUCUCCACACAGGGGCAAGGCUUUGUGUAUGAUAUGACGCAGCGACCUCCGAAGCUGACUACGCACAUCUCUAUCGAGAAUGAUGCCGUCGGUCAUUUGGAUCAGAGCGCGGACGCUGUUAUCUACUCUAUGGGCCCCCGAGGCUAUCAUGUCUACAACAAGGCGACCGGCGAGUUCUUGGGCGCAUUGCAGCCAUCCCGUUGCACAGACAUGUAUCAUAUCCUUCCGCCGGUCGCUACCUCGCCGUCUGCGAUCGCUGCACUAGCCGCUGCUGCGCGACAUGGUCCGACUCAGCAGAUGGUCGCUCUCAGCAAACCUCGCAAAGACUGCUUGGUGCCAAUUGAGCUUUCGAAGGGUCCGCUUCCACCACCGACUGACUUUGAACACGUAAGGCACGGUGACGACGAAUGGGGUGCGGGUAUGCUCCACGGUGACCUGUUCGUUGGCUUCUCCCGCGCUGGUCGUGUAUUCGUAUGCUCCAACUGGCGGAAGGCCCUACAGAAUGAGAGAGGGAUUUCAGAACAUGGGUCCCUUAUCGAAUGCGAGUCGGACGGUUCUAAUUUUGACCUGGGCGGCUGGUUGUCUGUGCGCAACCACCGGGUGAUGUUUGAGAUUCAGGAUCGUAUCUAUGUCGUGGCCCUCGACGACGAGAACAAGAUUCAGGACGUUAAUAAGCCAGCUCGGGCUUCCUACUCUCUGCUCACUAGCUCGGUGCCACAGCUUGCUGUGCCGGUCAGUUUCAUGGCGUUAUAUGAUGAUGCGAUCAUGACCACCUACACUACUCUCGGCUUCCGCCAACAUAACUCUGACAUUCCAGACGAUGAACAAGACGAGGGGCCUGCUCGCAUCUUCCCCACCAAAGCUAUCCGCAUUGUCAGCCUAGCGCCCGAUCUCUCCGACGGCAAGUCUGUCCCAAUCGAUGACCAACAGGCGACAGGCGAUGGACUCUGGAGCUCUGAACCACGUCAAAGGCGGGCUGAGGAUACCUGGCGCUCACAGGCAGGGCUCUUGCAGUUGGUCAGCCUGCUCGGGGAUGAGCUUGAUGACGAAGACGAGGCCGAGAUGGAGGCCUUAGCCAUGGAAAAUGAAGAGGAGUGGGAAGAUCUGGAUGAUGAUAACCUUGAAGGUCAUGACAAUGAUCAUGAUCAUGAGGGUGAUGAGGAUUCCGAACCAGAGUCUACGCGUGAACAUGGAACAGCCUAG